UUCACUCAGCAGCACUGCAAAAGGAAGAAAAUCUCUCUCUCUCUCUCUCUCUCUCUCUCUGUGCAACUGAAAAUGGCGGACACUCGAUUAAACUCCAAGAACUGCGACUCCGAAACCCUAAAUUCAAGCUCUUUUUCGCACAGAGUUCAUGAUUGUAUCAAAGAUUUGAAAAUGAUUGAACCUUGGGUUCAAAAUGGAGAUGCACUUUCAGGUCUACGGAUCGAAGAUUUUUACGAUGGUGACGGUGACAAUACAGAUUUGGUGGAUUCGGUAUUGUGUAUUUCGGGUUCAAGAUUGAUCCGAGCAGGGUUUAAGAAGAACAAUUUCACAGAUGACAUUGUGAAAUUUGUAAAUGCUGGGGGCGGGUCUAUGAAUGAAGUAGGAGAUACUGCUAUUUUCAUUAUGCCUGAUACUUCCUUUGAAGGAGGAGAUGUCUUAAGAACUGAUGAAGGGAUAAUUGAUGGUGGUGAUUUUGCUCCUCUUUAUCAGUCAGCUCGGUUUGGAAAUUUCUGUUACCGAUUUGACAACCUCCCCCCUCGAGACUAUUUCAUUGAUCUUCAUUUUGUGGAAAUAAUAAACACAAAUGGGCCUAAAGGGAUGAGGAUCUUUGAUGUUUAUAUACAGGAAGAGAAGGUUGUAUCUGAACUUGACAUCUAUUCAAUUGUUGGAGCCAAUAAGCCGUUACAGUUGGUAGAUGUUAGAGUUACUGUAGGGGAAGAUGGGGUGAUUGUGAUAAGGUUUGAAGGAGUUAAUGGAAGCCCAGUAGUUUGUGGGAUUUGUAUUAAGGGAGCACCAAAAGUACCUGGUUCUCAGGUGAAACACAAUGGUCUUGUGUGUAGUAAUUGUGCUGCUGAGGUAGAAGUGACAUCAGCUCAGAAUAAACAUAUUAGACUGAGAUCUACAGCCAAGUACGAAAAAAAGAUAGAGGAGCUGAGUACCCAGUGCCAGCUCAAGACAAAGGAAUGCUAUGAGGCCUGGAUGUCCCUGACAGCUACAAAUCAGGAGCUACAGAAGGUUAGGAUGGAGCUUGACAACAAAUCCUUCGAAAAUCACUGUCUAGAUCAAGCAAAGGCUAUGCAAGCAGCAAAGUUGAGGGAAGUAACCAGUAGAUUUGAACAUAAAAGGAGGUUUUGGGAAGCAGCUAUUGAUGAAUUAAAAAGAAAUAUUAAGGUCAUGAAAGAAGAGCAUUCUCAGCUCUCCCUUGAAGCACAUGAUUGUGCUGAUUCCGUUCCUGAAUUGAAUAAGAUGAUUUUGGCUGUUCAAGCACUGGUUGCACAAUGUGAUGAUCUUAAAUUGAAGUACAGUGAGGAGCAAGUGAGGAGGAAGCAGCUUUAUAAUCAAAUUCAGGAAGCAAAAGGGAACAUCAGGGUGUUUUGUAGGUGUCGUCCAUUGAGUAAAGAGGAGGCAUCAUCUGGGUAUGCUACAGUUGUAGAUUUCAAUGCAGCUAAGGAUGGAGAUCUUGGGAUACUUACGGGUUGUUCCACAAAGAAAUCAUACAAAUUUGAUCGUGUGUACAUGCCAAAGGAUGAUCAAGUUGAUGUAUUUGCGGAUGCUUCACCUAUGGUGACUUCAGUGUUAGAUGGCUACAAUGUUUGUAUAUUUGCAUACGGCCAAACAGGGACAGGAAAGACUUUCACGAUGGAGGGUACCGAGCAGAAUCGAGGAGUUAAUUAUAGGACUUUGGAGCAGCUGUUUAAAAUAGCUGAGGAGAGGAAAGAUACCUUCGCAUAUAAAAUAUCUGUCAGUGUCCUUGAAGUUUACAAUGAGCAAAUCAGGGACUUGCUUGCCACCUCACCCACAUCAAAGAAGUUGGAGAUAAGGCAAGCUUCUGAGGGCGUUCAUCGUGUACCAGGGAUUGUGGAAGCCAGAGUUGAGAACAUUAAAGAAGUUUGGGAUGUUCUGCAGGCUGGAAGUAAUGCAAGGGCUGUAGGAUCAAAUAAUGUGAAUGAGCAUAGUAGCAGAUCUCACUGCAUGCUAUGCAUAAUGGUUGGAGCAAAAAAUUUGAUAAAUGGUGAGUGCACCCAGAGCAAGCUUUGGCUUGUGGAUUUGGCAGGCAGUGAGAGGCUGGCGAAAACUGAAGCACAAGGUGACCGGCUGAAGGAAGCGCUGAACAUCAAUCGAUCUCUUUCAGCUCUUGGGGAUGUCAUAUCUGCUUUGGCAUCAAAAAGCAACCAUAUACCAUACAGAAACUCGAAGCUUACACACUUACUUCAAGAUUCACUAGGGGGUGAUUCCAAAACGCUGAUGUUUGUGCAAAUCAGCCCUUCAGAGCAGGAUUUAGGUGAGACUGUAAGUUCUCUAAAUUUUGCAAGUCGGGCUCGAGGGGUUGAGUUGAAUCCUGCAAAAAAACAGAUUGAUAUGGGCGAGGUUCAAAAGAUGAAAUCGCAGCUUGACAAAGUAAAGCAAGAAUGCCGAUCCAAAGACGAACUCUUAAGGAAGUCACAGGAGAACAUUCAGAACAUAGAAGACAAAUUCAAAGGCAAGGACCAGAUUUGCAGAAGCCAACAGGAAAAGCUUAAAGAACAAGAAAGCCAGCUUGAAACAAAAACCGAGUUAUGCAGACAGAUGGAGAAGCAACUUUUGCAACUUUCACAAGGAGUGAAGGGGAAGGAAGAAAUUUGCUCGACUCUUCAGCAAAAGGUCAACGAGCUUCAGGACAAGCUAAGAGAAUGUGAGCAUUUGGGUUCCACAGCUCUCCAGCAUAAGACUGAAGAGCUUGAAAACAAAUUGAAAAAGAGGACACAGGAGUUCGAGCUUCAGUCGGUGGUCCUUCAAGAAAAGGUUAUCGAACUUGAAAACAAAUUGAAAUUGCAAAGAUGCAACAAGGAAUCUCAGUUACUUCAUGAAAAGAUUAAAGAACUUGAAGAAAAGUUGAGGAAGCAAGAUGAAGCGUCAGAGAGUGAGCCGCCAUUAUUUUCUUCUGAAAAAUCAAAAUCAGCCACUGCGAAUGAUCAAAAAACUCCAUCAACUGCAGAAUUUACAAUAGACAGAGAUCUCCAGAGUCUGAGGAGCUUAAAAUCCAGUAAUCGCUCUGUGAGCCGAGGAUCAGUAUUGCUUAAAGGAACUGACUCCCUACGUGAGUUAAGGCGGAAACGUGAGGGGAUUGAAAACAAUUUCAUGUUGCCUGCUCCCUCGAUUGAGAAGAAGUUGAUGGCAACAGAAUCGAACAAGGCUGUUAGGCAUAUUGACCCGUCUAAAGCAUUUGCAAGAGUUGCAAGAACUACAAAACCAUUCCCAGCUGCUCAAAGGCCCUUUUCCAGUAAACAAGUCAUAGGGAUCAAGGAGAGAGAUAACGGUACAAGAGUUUGGUUAAGAUAGUGGAUGGAAAAAUGUCUUUUCCAUGUAAAACCCAUUCUUGAGUUGUUGUAUUCAUAUAUUGAUUGAUCUUUGUUCCACAAUGCUUGAAGUGGCAAUGUAAUCUAUCUUGAUUUCUGAGCUUCACUAGAAAUUUUAUGCAAAAAGAAUGUUUUUGUGCAAUGUACUUGGAAGUCUUGUAUAACAUUCAGAUCUUCCACGUAAUCUAAUUUUUUUUUACCACA